AUGACCAUGGGUCUCCCCACGGCGCCCGGCGCCAAGUCGCUCUUCGUUAUCGAGGCGUUCGGCACCGGCUCGCGCCUGAACCGUCUCCCCGACGCCGGUGUCGGCGACAUGGUCGUCGCGUCCGUCAAGAAGGGAAAGCCCGAGUUGAGGAAGAAGAGUGACGAUGCCGCCGUUGUCGUUCGCCAGCGCAAGGCAUGGCGUCGGCGAGACGGUGUCUUCCUCUACUUCGAGGACAACGCCGGUGUAAUUGUCAACCCCAAGGGCGAGAUGAAGGGUUCCGCCAUCACUGGCCCGGUCGCAAAAGAAUGCGCGGAUCUCUGGCCGCGUAUCGCCUCCAACGCAGGUACUGUCGUAUGA